GGAGAGAAGUUUGCUCGUCUGUGUGUUCGCUUCUUUUCCUUUUUCAGAGGGCUUUGAUUUUAUUUUAGAUAUUAAAAAACAUGAAUAUUUCAUCAUAUAUUUCUAGCAAGGACGUAUUCUUCUGUCGUCAUAGAUGAACCGCCUUCGGCUGGAAAUUACGGGUGGGCCUUGAAGGCAGCAUUAAUCCUCGCACCUUUUCAUCACAGAGGUGUUUCAUUUGUUUGAGUCGCCGCCGCUGGGGUGGCAUUGGAGCUUUCUCUGAGGUCGGGGCAGAGGAUAACUGCGUGUUUUUACUGCGUGGAGACAGUUUCUGUCCGCUCCUUUUACAUUUCCCUGCAUGGGAGACAUCCCAGCCUCAAACAUGAGCAGUUUGAACGCGUACAAAGAACCAUUUGACAGAAGCAGCUCUGAGCCUGUGGAGGACACAGACACCACCAGCUUUGUGGCAGAAUUUUCCUUGGAGGCCAAUUAUCCCGUGCAAGUAACAGAUCCCCAUGCAGACGCUGUGACGCUGCACCUCAGCUCGAUGCCCUCGAGAUACCUGAGUCCCUCCUCAGAAGACAGAAUAAGACAGCCAGUGGAAGAUGUGGAAGAAUGCACUUGCCCCACUUCUUCUUCACCAGACUAUCCCAAAGAACUACAGUUUUUAACGAACCCCUGCGAGAAGUGCUUCUGCCCGGCACCCCCUCCCAAAAUCAGCGACCUCAUGAACGACAAAGAUCUGCUGGACUUGCUGCGGCUCAAAUUGGAUCCAAACCACUGCACCAUCAAAAACUGGAAAAACUUUGCGAGUCGUUGGGGGAUGAGCUAUGACGAACUGACCCUGCUGGAGCAUCGGACCCAGGGUUCCUUGUCCCACAGCCCCACCCAGGAGUUCCUGUUACGCUACAACCAGAAGACGGUCACUGAGCUCACUGAACUUUGCCGCAUCUAUCAGCGCAUUGAUGUGCUGCGACUGCUGCAGAGCUGGAUAGAGAAGGAUUGGCCGUCGCGCUGGCAACACACACAAUCAAUUUGACUCUUAAUCUUUCAGGGUUGUACUUGAUUUCCUAAUUUUCAUAAGCUUUGAUACAUGCUACCAGUUUUUUGUAUCUUUAGUAAAUGAGCUUGUGAAAUGGAUAAAACAAUGCUGUCGAACCUGUCUGUAGAGAAUAUUGCACAGUACUGACCUCACGCUGUUCUGGAUAUAGUGAAUACAAUGCAAAGUCACAGAUCUGAUCGGUGCAUGCAGAUCACCAGUAUAUUUCUUUCUUGUGACCUGACGUUGGCACACCUGCCGCAGAUUCUGAGUCUUCGGAGCAGUGUUAAAGAUUGACAUUAACUAAAUCAGAUGGAGUUGGAUUAUUCAAAUUCAAGCAACGAUGUUGAUGUCAAUGCUGCAAAAUUUCAUUUUCUUACUUUCUGUGUUUCAAAGGCUGUUUAGAGAUUUUCAUAAUACCUGGGCAGAGGCAGAAAGAUGUCACUGUGCAGUGCAACUCAACAAGAACAGAAGUUAAAGGACAAAACACUGGAGUUGGACACUGAAAUAGCUUCACCGUAAUGGGACAGUUUAGACAUAGUGAUUCCACUGACUUGUUCAUUAACACAGCGGUCCCCAACCUUUUUUGCUCCACGGACGGUUUAAUGUCAGACAAUGUUUUUACGACUUUGAGGUGUGGCGGAUAAAUACAACAAAAUUCAAUGAUCCGACCGAGACACAAACGCUGGUGUUUUGUAAAUAUAAUAAUAAACGCAAAUUCACUGUG